AUGAAGGCCCAGACUCUCACGGUGAUGUUGCUGCUGGCAGCUUUAGUAAAUAAAGGUGCGGCCAUUUGGUGCUACCGCUGUACAUCAGCCACGCCCGGAUGCGGGGAGACGUUUAACUGGCGGGGCAUAGGAUUCCUGGGCGAGCAGUGCCCCGAACCGGAUGACAUCUGCGUCAAAGUGACUGAGCGAAGAGGGGCUCGGGAGACCAUCACCCGCGAGUGCCUGAGCGCCCUGAACUUCCGCCGCGACAUUCCCGCCGACAAGUACGAGGGUUGCCGUCCAGCCGCUAAGGAUGUGCUACUGGCGAACUACGUAAACCACACCAUCAAGGAGCAUGACGUCAAGAGGGACUACUUCACGGACACCACGUUCUGCUUCUGCUUCCUAGACCACCGCUGCAACGGUGCCAGCGGGAUGCAAAUAUCUGCAGUUCUGGGACUUAUUGCAGUAGCAUCCGCACUCCUCCGCUAAAAACAUCAGACACGCAUUCCAAACAGUGCCUUAGAAACACACCAAUGACGCUAGAAUCUCGUCUAACAUUCCGUCCGCACUAUUUGUACAAUUUUUUCGUACCGUUUACACUUUUAAGACUCUUGUGUUUACUCAACUAAUUAAAUACAUUUUACAAUA